CGAAUCCAAUAACGAUUCAGUACGGAACAUGUCCACUGCACUGCUCCUGCCUUAAUGUUGUGACUGCAUUGAGAUGUUUUGGGUUAGUUAAGUCUCGAAAACCAUAAACUGGUCGGCGACGGUUUACACUAGACUGGGGUUUCGUGUUUUGAAUCACGGAAGAUGAUGUUUGUGUGGUUGUUGCUGGGUGCCUUUGUUUGUAUGGGCCAAUCACAGGUCAUUUAUCAGCAAUAUGGGAGCAUUUACAACCUUUGGAUGCUCAGAAGGACUCACUUCAUCGAGUUCAACCCGAAAAACAGCUCAGAUGUGAGGACCUUGUGGAAAUCAGGAGACCCUGAAAUCAGCGAGGACAAGAAGUAUGUAAGGACGUACAUCUCCUAUAUGAUGAAGAAUUUAACUCAGAGAGACAGUGGUCGCUACAUCCUGAGAGACAAAGAUAUGAGAGAAUUGACCACUCAUACCCUUGAGGUAGAAGCCAUCACAAAAGACUUUAAACGGCAACCUGGUGAACGCCUCAGCUUUACUAUUGCUCUGGAACCGAGCUCCUGCAACAUUUACUUCUUCCCAGAAAGCAACGGUCAGCCAUUAACUAUUGACAUUGUUCGUCAAGGCAAACUGCAGGGGGGACUGGAUCAGUAUAAAUGCGUAGGGUUUGAGCUGUACAGGUCAUGUGGAAUUUUAAAUAAGGCCCUCCAAAUGGCAUGCAGAGGACGCUUUGAGGUCAGAGAUCAGAAUGGCGACACGGCCUUAGAGGUGUCACUGGAAAUGAAUCCAUCUACAGAGACCCAUGAACGGAAAUCUGGUGAAUUCCUCAGCGUCAGUUUUGAUCUGAAACAGGGCUCCUGCAAUGUUUUCUUCUUCCCAGAAAGGACAGGUGAAAAGAGAGAAGUGAUGGUUGAGAUUGUACGUCACGGCUGGAUGCAGCCUGUUUCGGAUGAAUAUGGUUGCCGAGGGUUUGACCUAUUAAAGCCAUGUGGGAUUGUAAAUGAGGCCCUCCAGUCAUCAUGCAGCGGACGCUUUGAGAUCAGAGAUCAUAAUGGCGACACGGCCUUCGAGAUGUCACUGGCAGUGGAGUCCAAACCUUAUGUGCCAUCUGACUGGGCUUUUGGCGCUGGUGUAGCCCUCACCUUACUUUUCUUCUGCUGUGUGAGGUACUGCUGCUGUGGGGGGAGCCCUGCCAAAGAGGACGAUCCUGAGACUGAUGCUGCUGAACCUGCUAAGCGUUACCAAGAGAAUGACAGUGAGCCUUCUAGAUGGAGGCCACACUACCUCAGUCAGCCCUCUGAGACACCAAAACUAGUCUUCUCACAGCGUAGUCUGACUCGCCCACUGAUAAACCAGCCUCCUACAGUGAAUGUGCCGCCAGCUUCUCCUCAGAUAAACCAGCCUUCUACAGUGAAUGUGCCGCCAGCUUCUCCUCAGGUUUCAGCUGCGGACCCUCCGACUGUCCCUGUCAACUAUGACCCUGCUCUACGUUUCGAACUGAAGAUGAAAAUUCCCCCUGCUCUCACUUCAGAAUCACCUUACUCUGGUGUGUAUAUCUCAGACAAAUUCAACUUCCGCUAAAAGCCUUGGUAUUGAAGGAUGCAUCAAAAGUAUUGAAUGCAUUCAUUAGUGUGACUUCAAACAUUUUGGGAAAUAUACUUACAUAUCCAUGACUGCUGCUGGUUGCCUGGCAACAGGUUCGAGGCAAGAAGCAGUCAAGCCCAAAACCCCUCUGCAAAAGAUCGUUUUUACUCUUCUUUUAAAGGGAUAGUUCGACAUUUUGGCAAAUUCACCUAUUGCCGUAAUCCCUAUAGUCAUAUGGGUAGGUACAUUACCUUUAAUUGUCAGUGCCUGCAGUUCUGAGAUCGGUGGAGCAGAGCUGCCUGCUAAAAUGGAGGUGAAAGGUACAGCCCCUUCUCUUCCUGAAAACUAAUCAAAUACACCAUCAAAUGACUCCAAAACGCUCUAGUGGUAAACACAUGACUUGCGCAUUCCCCACACUAUGAAAUAAUAAUGUAUAAUUAAAUAACAUUACGACACAUGAAGCAAAUACUCGGAACUACUUUCUUGAGUAAACCACUGGGCGGAGUGACACAGUGCGUACCUGACACAGUGCCAUAGUUAUUGCUUGUAGCCAUUUGCGGUAUUGUCAGCUGGACGCACCAGAAAGUUUGAGGAAAGUUUAGAAGUGUUUUUGUAAAUCAUGGUUUACAUAUGCAUUGUAAAAGGUUGCGGUAACAAGCCGAAGACAUGGAGCAGAGUGAAGUUUCACGUAGUAGCUACCAACCAAAAAUACGGACAGGAUGAAACAGUGGCUAUUUGUGCUGGACAUCAACCCCAACACGCCUGUGGAAAUGGUCCAGAAAAUGUUUGUGUGCUCCUGCCAGUUUUUACCGGAGGACUACACUGAAAGGAUGGAGCGCAGAAGCUCAGGAAUGGUUCAAACUCAUUUCUUGAGAGACACUGCUAUACCAUCUGUCGGCAUCACUAAACGAGCAGACGUGGUAAGUGAUCGUUGUGUAUUUUGCUCAGCAAUCUCUCUGCUGUAACGUUACCUCCAUGUUGAGUAAC